AUGGAAACUGUGACAACCGCGGCUGAAGAGGAUGCUGGAGCGGCAGAGAUGCGACUGGUCCGCCGGAUCAACACGGGCAUGAAGAUCCAAGCGGGGGGUGAACACAUGGGCUGCAGCAGAGUCGGGGAGGGUCAGGAGAGCCAGGUCAUCUGUCUCCAGUGUCAGGACGAGGGAGUGCGGGUCUGUCCGGGGAGUCCACGGAGCCCUCGCCGCGCCAUCGCGACGCGCCUCUCCUCGGGAUCUGCAGGUAUGAGCGUCCAGCAGCGUGUCAAGUUAGUAAAAGCUGCAAAGUGUGCCAACGAUGUGCACUUCUUAUAUCCUUAAGUAGCUUUUGUAUCAAACCGUUGGCAGUGACUGGAAAACCUCCACGGUCUGCUUUUACCUUUGAACUAUUCCAAGUGAAAACGUGAUGAUUGACCAGAUUGUGCGUUUGUUUCAGGGGGCUUACUGAGCCAUGGGAAUCACAAGGAAAACACCUCUAAGGUUAUGUACAUGAGGCUGGGGCUAAAUUAGAAACACUCAAAGUACCUUUUGUGUUAGUUAAAGACAGUCAGUACUCUGCAAAAAUAUGAUCAAGAAACAUGGUCAGUGUCUAAGUAUACAGCUUUUUAUUAAAAAAUGUGAUGCACAGUUCAUUCACUCCUGCAUGCAACCAUAAAAAGCAAACUCCCAACUCUCACAGUAGAUAUUGAUCCCUUAUUUACUUUGCUGUCCAAGCUUGAAUGAUGUUAAACAUUUAUGAGACUCCGUCCAGUGAUAAAUUACAGAUGUUACUCGAAGCUGCACAGAGGCUGAUAUCCUAAACUCUCUCAACUUUGCUUGUAAAUGACAGGAGCUGCUUUAUCUUACACAUAGAGGCAGCUGUGAGCUUUAUGCUGAGCAACUCCUUGUCAGUGAUAAAUGUGCUGCAGUUGCUCAUCUGUGCAGAGGCUGUAGGUGUUAGAUUAGAGCAUUAGGAAAUAAGAGUUUUGCACAAAAGUUCUCUGAAUAGAUGCAUUGGCAGAGGUAUUUUUAUUCAGCACUCAGUCGUUUGCUAAAUUGCUUGGUUUUUCCUCCAAGCGGUAACUGCAGUGCCUCAGACAGUCUUUCCCUCUGCUGGGGUGGAUGAAUAAUUUCACCUCUGUCCCUGUUAUCCCUUGAUAACAGGGAGUUUCAAAUUAAGCCUCGAGUUUCCAGUGUCAAAGGUUGUUUUUAUUAAUUAAUUGAGAAACCUCAGUGAUUGCAAGCUGUGUUUCUUAUCUUAUAAUCCAGCCACUUGAAAAAAGUUUGUACCACAUGUGAACAUUUUUCAUAUUGAAAAUGAUAAAACUACAUGUCAGACCAUUUGCAGCUUGAUUAGCUGAAACAGAAACUUGUCACAGCUGUGCCGUGCAUAUGUAACUCUUGCAAUGAACUGAACAUUUGUGUUGUUGUUUGUGUUGCUAGAGUGUUGCUAGAGUUAUAGCUGAGCGCAAUCAACAAAUUAGUAUGAUAUGGAUGAUAUACAUCUUUUUGAAAUGAUCUAGAUUGAUAUCAGUCUGAUGAAAGCCCUUGAAGUUGCAGUUAUAUCUUGUUGGAUUUCAGUUGGACAGGGAAUUACAAGCAAAACUCAUCAACCAUCGGCAGCAGAGAGAGUCAAAGGGUAAAUCUUGAAAAUCUUAAGGAUAAAAAACUCCCUUCGAGUUAGGGCUUGUCUAGACUAUUUGGCAGAGUGACUUAUGCAGCAUUUCCAUGAUUUUUGUGUCUGACUCCUUUUUAAAACAAGCAUAACUUUUCCAUCUUAAAUCAUCAAAUUUUCUUGAAAUACUCAUGUAGUUAUCAAAAUGAAUCAACACAAAAUUGUGAAAAUGUAUGCAUAAAUCAUUCAUGCUUCAUCUUGUAAUGAUCCUAAAAGACUGUCUGUUUAAACCCACAAUUUAACAUACCAGCAUAGAAAAUGGUGUAAGUGAAAAAAGGCCCUCCUUUGACAAAACAAACAACCAAUCAGAGUUAAGGAUUUUUGGGUAACACUAAUCAGUUUAUAGCCAACCCUGACCAACCCAUGAGUUAAGCCCCUGUGUGGAUCUGAACGGCGUUCCUCAAGGCUCAAUUCUCUGACCCAUGUUGAUCUGUGUACAUGCUACCACUGUGGCAUGCACUUAAAAUAUUUGAUACUCUUAUCUAAUACUACUAAUACUACAGUAUAAACUACUAGAUAUUCCUAAUAUUUGAUAGUGUGAAUAUUUCAUGUUUUGAUUUAAUUUAAUCAUCAUCCCUAACGGUAUUAGCAACCUUUUUUGUGGAGUCCAUCGUUGCCUUGUCUUCUGUACUAUGAAUAUUAACGGUGUUCCUCAAGGCUCCAUUCUCUGCCCCAUGUUGGUCUGUGGUCAUGCUGCCACUGUGGCACGUACUUAAAAUAUUUUACACUGUUAUCUGCUGACACAUGAGUGUUUCUUCUUGUUAUUCCCAAACAAAUUAGCCUAAUCAUAGAAUUUUCAACAAGUUGAAAACUAAACCAAAUGGAAAACACUCAUUGGUGAACAUAAAACAAUGAACUUAGUGCGAUAACUUAAGAUCAGGAUAGAAAAUAAAGUCGUCUAGAGUUACAGGCUUACUCUGAAAGUGAUUCUUGUGUUGUGAGUUUUAUUCGCAGUGCUGUGCCACAGUAGAUGGCUCCUUUCCCUCUCUAUAUAAAUCGGAAGACCAAAGCAAUAAAGCUGCCAGACUCAUGGAUUUUAUUUCUUUAACUCUGCCAAGGUCAAGGUUUUUCCCCCUGUGUGGCUCGUUGUGUGGAGCGGGGCACUAACAUUGCAGGAUUAGGGGUUUUAUUCCUGUAACACUGCAGGGUCCUGACUUUUCUCGACCCACCAGGAUCAGUAGAGGGUAGAAUAGCUUUGUGGACACUUUUGGAAAUAUAACAUGUGAUAACCCGGCAAACUUUUCUGCAAUACCGAUGCAAAAAUAAAUACUACUCAAGACUGAGGGCCCGUUCAAAGCAUCUCAAGCACAUGGACUAACAUGGGGCUGAGUGAACCAGCACAAAAGUCUUGGAACUGAGUGAGGCUCAGGGUUUAAGGAGGUUUUAUUAGGACCCUUUGGAGGCAUAACAUGAAUAAUAUAUGUGUCAGCUCUCAUUCCCUAAGAAUCAGCCAUACCUGUAGACAGGUGUGCUACUAUUUACACAGCAGAUUUCAGCCCCUCUUCUUAAGUAGACACAGAAAAUUGGAUCACACAGCUCCAUUUUGUAGACUAUUGUAUGUGCAGUGUGAGUGGACACAGUCAGCAAACUAGUUUCUGGUAGUUUUGGCGCCGUAGGCAGGUACCCGUUCCUGCUGGAUUGAAGCAUGAAAAGUUCUUUUUCUGGUAGACUUUAGGCUGCAUUGACUCUAGACAUCACACUGGACUUACAGCACCUUGGUUUCUGGGCCUGGGCCAUCUUUGCACCUCAGAACCAACAGGAACUAAUGUGGGCACAAGUCCAACAUGGGUGCUUACUAAGCAAACACUAAUGAGUGAGUCAGGUGGAAAAUAGUUCAUAGUUCAGAUAAAGGAGUCUAACUGGCAGCUUAUAUGUGGUAUUUUUGUCUGUUGUAGACCGUGAGCCCAGCAGCAGCAGCUACAAUGUCUCCUCAGGAACUUUCUACAGCUGCGUCAGUCAGAUCACCAUCGGUAAGUGCGCUUUGUACCUGACCAAAAGAGCACAGUGAGAUUAAAAACAUAGUCAUCUAUACAUCCCCAUGACAGCCAGCCGAUUGGAUGUUGUCUCCACUCCAAAUACUCAAAAUUUACCCGUUGAAUUUGUCUCAAUUCUUGUCAAAGUAAUCAUGUAAUCACGAUUUGAAAAAUUUAACAAGACAGUUUUGCUUGCUGCCUUCAAUUCCAUUCCCAUUUAAUAAACUCCUUUACUUGAGUUCAGAAUAACAAGGUCUUCUGUAGAACCGGUACCAAAUUGAGAGUCCGAGGAUCAUCUACAAAGUGCAAUGAUGAUGAAAGAUGCAGCAAAAAUAUUCAAUAACUUCACCUUGGCUGGGUGUAGAGUCGAAAUAAGUUCACACACACGCCUUUCACAUAAGUUAGAAUGCUUUUCAAGCAGCCAACACUGCCAUGAGUUAAAGGUAAGUUGUCAACUUUUUAAAACUCCCGUGAGGAACUUUUGAUUUGUUUUGUUUUUGGCGCCCCCUGUGGUCAACAAAGCAGCGUUUUCUUUAUCAUAUCUUGCUGACUUCUGACAGCCAAAUUCAUGAUUUAUUGUUAAAGGUUUGUGUUGAAAUUGUAAAAAAAGUUGUUUCUGUAGCUUCUUGGCUGACACCUUCCCCCUUGUACCGGUUUCAGCCACCAAAAAUGACAAAAUGCAAAAUGUAAUUCUUGUUUGAUUGUCUCGUUUGCUCUUAGAUGUCAUAAAAAGGCAUCAAUAUGAUUUUUAGUCUAUUUCAUGAAUGUCAAAAAACUCCUUAUAAUAGCUUUAAUUCCCUGUACUAUACUUUGUGGAAAAUUCAGGGGUCUUUAUACCCCCCUGGAUCGACUUCAGGGUACAACGUAGUCUUCAUUCUGCACAAAACAAAAUCAAACAUGUACAACAACAACACCUUUAAAAGCUGACUAGUGUUGAGCAUGCUGCUGUGUCAAUACCAUGAUGCCUGAGGGAGAGUAAAAAGUUGCAUCUAAGCUGUAUGAAAAUUUAAGCCUCUCCCUGACAGGCAGCUUUGUUUUCAUGCCGCGGGUUAUAGACAGACAGUAGUGCACUGUUGACAAGGGACUCUGAAAUAAUUUGCCUGUCAGUCAGAAAACUGCAAACUGCUGCCAUUUGCAAUAUUCAGGCCUUGUCUUUGGACAUGUUUUCAAUGAACACUAGAGUCUGGUUAGAGAGAGAAAGUGUAAGUUGCAUGCUGUGAGGGAAAAUACUUUGGGUUCAGUGCAGGCUGUGCUGAAUGCAGGUGUUCCUCUCUUCUCUCUGGGCUAAAUAAAAAACUAAUGAAGUGCUGAGGGAGAGCUUUGGACCAUUGGGACUCUCCCUCUUGGUUUUACAAAGGGAAAGAUCUAUAGUGCUGCCCCGCACUCUGACAUAAAGAGUUAGUGUGCUGCUGUGAUUUAAAAGCUCUGGCCUUUGUUUUGGAGGAAAACACAAGUCAGCAUCACCGUCAGUUCUUUAAAGUUCUAAUCGAUUAUAAUCUUCCACUUAUUCUUGCCUCCUCCUUUGUAUAAUUUACUGCUUGUGCAGCUGAUGGACAGGGCGGAUCCUCAAAAUGAGGCCAGGAUUUAUAGGAGCUUGACAUGGAGAAUAUUGAGAGCAGCAUACUUAAAAUUCUUCUGCAGUAACUAACCUUUGCGGGAGAAAAGGAUGACGCCCCACCAGGCUUCAAUUAUCAGGUUUUUGAUGCUUCACUGACUCUGUUAAAGUCUGAUAAAGGCAUCAUCCCACUUCAACGGUGGUCACUUUCUUUUUCAGUCAAAACAAACAACUUUUACAAGAUGUAACCCCAUCACAAGUUCACAACCAAGAGUCUGACUAACUCCUGAAAAGCUUCGGGUAUGUCAUGAUCUUAACUCCACCUGAAAACCUCAUGACUGCCACAGCUGACGAAGCCACGCCCUAAAGAGCUGGAAAGAAAAGGAAUAAAGUUGGGGGAGAAAGGAAGUAAGGAAGAAAGGCAGACAGAGAAUAUAGAAGAAAGGUAGGAUGAAAAGAAGGAAGGAAAGUAGGAUGAAAAAGAAGGAAAGUAGGAUGAAAAUAAGGAAAGAAAGUAGGAUAAAAAAGGACAGUAGGAUGAGAAGGAGGAGGAAAGUAGAAAGAAAAUAAGGAAGGAAAGUAGGAUGAUAAAAGGAAAGUAGGAUGAAAAUAAGGAAGGGAAGAAGAAUAAAAAGAAGAAAAGUAGGAUGAGAAUGAGGAGGAAAGUAGGAUGAAAAUAAGGAAGGAAAGUAGGAAGAAAAAGGAAGGAAAGUAGGAAGAAAAAGGAAAGUAGGAUGAAAAAGGAAGGAAAGUAGGAUGAGAAGGAGGAGGAAAGUAGGAUGAAAAAGGAAGGAAAGUAGGAUGGAAAUAAGAAAAUAAAGUAGGAUGAUAAGAAGAACGUAAGGAAGGAUGAAAAGAAAGAAGGAAAGAAGGAUGAAAAGAAGGAAAGUUGGAUGAAAAGAAGGAAGAAAGGUAGGAUGAAAAGGAAGCAAAGGAUAAAAAGAAUAAGGGGGGAAAGAAUAAGGGAAGGAAGGAAGUCAGUGAAGACAAAAGGAAGGAAGAAAGAAUAGAAGGAGAACAGUAAAGAAAGGGGGAAUAGGGGAAAGGGGAAAGAAAGGAAGUUAGGAAGGAGUUUAGGAAAGAAGGUAGCCAGGCAACUGAAAAAAGGAAGAAAGGAACAGGGAAAAGAAGAAAGAUAGGAAAGGAGGAUAAGAGGACAAAGGGACAGAAGAAUGAAAAAUGGGAAGAAAGGAAGAAAUGAAGGGAAGAAAGAAGGAAGUUUGGAUGUAGGAAGUAAAAGGAGGAAGCAAAAAAGAAAACCUUAGAGGUCUAAUUGGGCCCUCAUGAUUAAUAAACUUAGUUUAAAUAAUCAAAACUUUGCUUAUAAAACAGAAAAACUAUGAAAGCCUGACAGUUCUGAGCUGACCCCUGUUCAGUCGGGGGUCCAUUAUCAGGUUCUUAGUUCGGUUCGGUUCAGUGAUGGAGUCAUUAUGAAACUAAAUCAUCUCAGAAUAGAGAAAAGUGUAUCGUAUGACUUUGACUGUUCUGGCUCGUCUUUGCAGCAGGUUUCAUGUGAUCUGAUGGUUCAGGUGUCAGUUUUGGUUUCGGGCUGGGAUGCAGUGAAAACGUUUCAGCUGUGGAAAUCCGGCUCCUGCAGCAUCCUGAACCAGAUGAGCAGAGCAGAUGAGGAAUCACUAAGGAGACACGAGAAACUCCUGAAAACUUCUCUCUGCGUCUGACAAAGUCCAAAGUUGUCACUGCAUAAUGCUGCCUGUGGCCCAGAUAUCUACAUCUGCAUCUGUUUCCUUCCCCUUGGUGGUGUCAGGAGGUGGAUGUGCUACAUAUCUGGGCCUCCCUCUCCUCAGAGAGCCGUGCGAGCACUUUUUUCUGAUGACUGCGACAUACAUAAUGCUUAGAGCACAAUAUGUCCACAAAAGGCUGUGCACACCUUGAGUUUUGGAGGUCAUUCGGAUACAUGCCAGGUGUGGAUUACCUCCGCUGCCUGCUCUGUUUGUUCAGGUGACCUUCAUCGGAUGUGUUUGAUUGUAGGCUCAGUGCACCGCUUCAAACAAAAGCCUUUAUGUGAUCGAUAUCUGGAAUUAUAUUCAUCAUUGAACCACCUGUAGUCAUGAUUAAUUUAAGAAACUGUGAUUGUGACUCAGAACUGAUUAAACUGCAACCAACUGAGAGGCGAGAGAGUCCCUGUGGUAUUUUAAAAUGACGUCAGGCUGCGUGAGGAGCGUCAUUGUAGGCACGUGAGCUGCUGCAGAGAACCGUUUUCAUUUUGUGACCCAGUUGUGAAUGCAUGUUCGCGGGCUUUUCCCCGUCCCCCUUAAAACAGCCUUUUCUGUCUUUCUCUUUUCAGAUUGAGCCUUAACUAGGGCUGCAUGAUUAAUUGGUUUUAAAUCGUAUUCGGAUUAUUUGAUUAUGAAGAUGUUAAAAAAAUUAAAAUCAUCAAAUUGAUUUUCCACUCUAUCAUGUCUCGUGCUCAGGCCACAGUGAGCGCUCCCCAGUUUUCACACACACCAGUGUAAACAAACAUGGCGUUUGUAAAAGAAGGUGAUAAUUUCGUGGUUAAAUAGGACAAGAGCGAGUCAGACAUGAGGAACUGGUACGGCUUCGCAGUUUCAGGUGAAGAGCAAACCACUACCCGCUGCAAAGUCUGUCCAAAGGCGGUAUCAACCCGUCACCACGGAAACAAAUUCAGGAGUAAACGCAAAAGUUUUUGGCCGUAUCAGCGUUUCGGGUGAGCCUUCAUCUGCAUUUGCGUGUAACUGCAGCCUGCUGCUACACAGUUGUUUGCUAUUUGGUUCUAAUUCUGUACAUGAUUGGUUCAGUGCGAAGUGGACCCGUAGCAACUCCACUUUUCAUUGGCCAUUCGUAUAGUCUACCAAAACAUGACUAUCGAAAAGCGUAUUGACUAUGUUUUACAUUGAUUUUGAGGGAAAUUAAUUUUUGAUAUAUAUCGUUAUCGUUUUAUCGCCCAGCCCUACCUGCACGCCUAUUGGAUUGAUAUGAUUAGACAGGAAAAUGAAUGAGUGGAGUGAGCAAAAGGACAGAACGAGCAUGAAGAUAGCCCUCCACCUCUGUUCAGUUUCUUUAUUGGUCAGACGUUGGUUUAUAACAAAACUUCAGAAACUACUGAGUGUCUUCAUCCAUUCCUUACAGCCUAUGUACCUAACUGCUUUUCAGCUGUAGAGCCACAUUUAUGAAGAGAUUAAAAAAGGACUGUAGGUGAUACUUCCCGUCGUCAGACUCUAACAGAGAAAUAAUAAAGUUGUAAAAAACAUCCUCCAGGGGACAUUUCAGAGAAAUAUGAGUUCUAACUGUUACAACACAGCGGACAAUAAGUUCUCACAGAACACUGAGCUCAGCGCCUGUCCUUAUCAAGCUUGGAAAAAGUACUUUGACAUUUUUAGUGCAGCGUUCGCGUAGUAGGUGUUAUUCUUUCAAGCUGUCAUAUCGACCUUUAAGCAAGGUGAAAAAAACAAGAUACUAGUUAAAAACUCCCCACCAUCACCUUCACAGACACCUGAAAACCAGGAGCAGAACUGGGUUACUGGACGGCCUCGUGAUUCUGAUUGAGAACCCUGCAGAGGGCAGAAUCAGAGGCCGGAGACGAGCUUCGCUGGGUCAGCAAGCUAUUUGUCUUCAGGAAAACGAGAGAGCAGCAGAAAGAGGAAUGAAGAUGCUGUUUGACUCUUGUUAGACACACAAAGAUAGAUGCUGAGACUUGAAUCCUUCAAACAAACAUGAUUAUCGCCACCAGAGGGUGACAUUGCUGAAGAUAAUCCUCUCCCGAUCCCACUCUGCUAUCUCCCCUCGCUCCCGGAGAAACAGGAACUUCACACAUGCAGUUUCUUGAGACUAGAGAGGGCUCGAGUAAAUACUGAGUUUAAUGUAAGCACGCACUGAUGGACGUCUGUAUCAUACCUUUUACAUCUGUUGUAGUUGUGACUUGAAACUUAAAUCCUGCAACCAAAAAUAAUGCAAGUUUAUAAAACCAUUAAAAGCACUUGCACACUUUCAUAGAAUGUGAAACCAUGGUCCACCUGGGAAAAUGCACACGCCUCAUAUUCCCUCAUACAUAGUCAGUGUGAGGCACCUUGUGAAUGAAAAUUAAAGGAUCUCCAAGUGAAUCACAGUAACAACAGAGAGGAAGAUGGAGAUCUUUGGUGUUUAUAAUGACAUGUGUACGCAAAUUUAUUGACAUUGAAUGGAGGUGAAUGUGUGAAAGCCUCAGAAAGUUACUGGAUGUUUUUUGUAUGUUACUCGAGGUGUCAGACUGUCAACACAAGUGUGCAAAUCGAGUAUAAGCGUGCAGAGGGAAAUUAUAAAAAGACUCUUUCUUAACUCAUUCAGUGCCAGGCUCAUUUAUGCAAUUUUCAUCCAGGGCCACCAUUGACCGCAAUAGAAAUUCCUGUAUCUUUCAGGACUAGAAUUAAGUGCAAUAUCUCAAAAAAAAGAGGUGAUUCUCCUCUUUCACCAGUACAAAAAAAAAGGGUUUUACCCACUCCUGUGUUUAGUUAUUGCCUGUUUGAUGUAGCGUGGUCAUAUCAUCUUUGCCCAUCUGGAAAAGGAAACCUGCGAAAAACACAUUUUUACGAAGGAGAGACUUUCAAGCAAAACUACGUUAUCGGUGGCAUCAAGGUCCUCCCUCCUCGGACACCACUCCUCAUCACUCUCGAGAUCUGAUUGUGAUCGGUCACUUUGCGAUGCCUGGUAGUUGUACUGGCUCCCGAGAACCUGAUGCCGAGACGUAAACCACACAGACUGCUCGCAUCCUCCUCGCUGGGACUGUCGCUGAAUUCCGGCUCAGUCUCGCUCACCAGUACCGGCGGCACAACGGCACGCCGGAAAAUUGCUUCUUUGAUUGUCUGCUGACGAUUGGGAAAUCCGAUACCAGGAUCUCCACUGGAUCCAGAGACGGUAGCACCGCCUACACGGGAGCCGAUGCACUGAGACUGUUUGCGCUUGGCGAAUGACUUUGGCGUUUUCCUACUCUCCUCAUAGAGAAAAAAACACUUUACAACUGGGCUAGUUGGCACACUUGAUGGCACACUUCUCACUGGCGAGUACUUGUUUUUGUUAUUGUAACAUGGUUAUGACGUAUUUGUCGUCUUCUCUGUGUUCAGAAUGACCCCAAACUUAGUCGCAUGUUUGGGAGGAGCGCCCUCUGGUGGAAAACAGAAAAACUAAAAAAACAUAAUUGGUACUGAAUGAGUUAACUCCAGUCUUGAGAUGCAGAAUUGUAAAAAACUGCAGUUCCCCGAGUGCCCACUUGAGGCUCUCUGCAGAAGCAGCAGGAACCACACUCACACCGACCCAAAAAAGGCUGUUUUUAGAGUAAAGAUAAACAUUUUUACAACCAGGUUAUUUAAGUUAGAAGAUGACUUCAAGGGUUCGUCUCAGUCUUGAUCUGAUUUUGUUCUGAUUCAUUCUGCAGGCUUUGACCUCGGGGGUCAGGUGGCCAUUGGGUUCUCCCACUGGAAGAGUCCUUUCCCGGGGAGUAGCCAGAACCUUCCGAGUCCAGAUUGUGUUCGCUCCGAGGCCUCUGCAGUCCCACCGAUCAGCGAGCACCUGGAGCCGGUGUCCUGCCCGGCCUCGCUGUCCAUCAGCCCGCUGCCCACCUUCAGCGCCAGUCAGGAGACGCUCUGUGACAGCAGCACCAGUACGUACGAUGAAGGACAGGUUCUCAUCUCCUCAGUGUGAAGACUCUGAAGGAGAGUGUAGACACUGAAGCAGAAUUGACACAGGUUUAGUCAGUGUAGUAGUCUGUACAGGUGCUCUUAUCAUCAAUGAGAUCAUCAGAGCCAUCAUGCUAAAUCGAGUGUUCUCUGGGUAUCUCAAUCAAUCAAUCAAUCAAUCAAUCUUUAUUUGUAUCGUGCUUUUCAGACAAAAACAAUGUUUCACAAAGUGCUUUAAAAAACAGAGGAAUAAAAGAAACAAAGAAAACCUUAAUCUACCCCAACCCAACCCCUCAUUCCCACCCCACAAUCUAAACACAAUAGAAACGUGUAUUAAAAUGCAUUAAAUUAAAAAGGGCUCGAUUUCAUAUAAACAGGAACGUGUACACUGAGGGAACACGGUUUUAAACUUCAAGAUAAGGAAAUACUGGAGGUUUAAAAUCUAAAAACAAAGAAACAUAAAAUGAAAUGUAAGAAAUAAUGAAUAAAAUAAAAUAAAAACAACAAAGAUACUAAAAUAAGAGCACCAAAAUAGCUCAAUAAAAGACGAUCCUGUCAUUAAAACUAAAAGAGAUAAAUGCUAAAACGCUCAAACAAAGUUAAUGAUAUAAAUUUAAGUUAAAAGCAAGACUAAAAAGGUAAGUUCUGAGUUCGCUUUUAGAAUCAUUAAGAUUAGUUUCAGUCCUCAGGUCUUCAGGUCAGCUGUUCCAUAAAUGGGGGCCGUAGUAAUAAAGAGAUGCCUCACCGUAUGUCUUGGUUUUAACUACCUGAAGACCUGAGGGCUCUACCUGGAUCAUAAGGUAAGAGCAGAUCAGAUAAAUAAGAUGGACCGAAGCCAUUAAGAGCUUUAAAAACCAACAAAACAACCUCAAAAUCUAUUCUAAAAGAGACGGGUCGCCAAUGCAGAGACCUUAAAAUCGGUGCGAGGUGUGAAAUGUUCUUUUUGGGGAGACCAGAAUGGAGGGCAUUACAAUAAUCUAUUUCUACAAGUGAUAAAGGCAUGAAUUAAUGUCUCUGCAUUGGCUUGAGAGAGAAACGGUCGCACUCAGGUUAUGUUUUUUUAAAUGAUAAAAUGCCUUCUUGGUGAUAUCUCCUAUGUGUGGUUCAAAACUCAGUUCUGAAUCAAAUGAAACACAAAAAUUUUUAGCCUGUCGACUUGGAUUCUAGGAUAAUGCUUUGAGUUUGCUGACCAGUUUCUCUCUCUUGUCCCCUCUACCAUUGAUUAAAACCUGAGUUUCGUCCUGGUUGAGCUGUAAAAAGUUCUCUGCCAUCCAUGAUUUAAUGUCUAAAAUGCAGUUAAAUGCAGUGGCUCCGUAUCUGCGUCGGUAGGGGAGUCUCCGCUCACGUGCAUUUGGACACCGUGUCCCAGCAUUUGUUGUUUCUAAGCGAUAAAAAUGAAUCGUUAGAAUGAAAAAUAUGAGAAAAGAAUAAAAGUCCCAUCAUUGUUAAGCGAUUAAAGGGACCACUAUUAUGCAAACUGAGGAGAUACCCGCUUCAUUACGGUAUCUUCUACUGCUGCAGCCUCACAGCUUCACAUGAGCGCUGUAUUUUUACCCCCGGUACAUUUUGUCCCCCAUAACCCACACCAAAGCUGAUUUAUCACAGGUCUCUGCAGUGUGAGUACGGGCAGCAGGAGCAGAGAUGAAUUAGUCUAAAGCCGUGUAGGGACAUGUUCCUUUUUUAUUUUUUUUUUUGUACGACAGAAAACAGCGAAACAUCCCUUUAAUAUCUACUUAUCAGUUUAAGUGUGUGUGCUGCGGCUGUGUGCUGUGUGUGUGCGUGUGUGUUUGUGUGUGUGUGUGUGUGUGUGUGUGUGUGUGUGUGUGUGUGUGUGUGCGCCCUUCAGUCUCCAUCAGAGGAUCACACUGACACUGUCAUCAGUGCCAACUGUCAUUGUUUUGGGCUCCAGCAACACUGACACAGCCGGCCCCUUUUGCCUGAUUGGCUGCUGUCAGAGCAGCCUGACCCCUGAUUGGCUGCCAGGGGGAGGCUGAUUAAGAAUGUUGAUGAGUGGCACACACCUCCUCUCCCUCUCUCUCUCUCUCUCUCUCUCUCUGCCUUGCUCGUCCUCUCACUGUAAACAUCCUGCUCAUGCUUGUGUGUUUCUGUUUUUUUUUCCUCCAGAGGAGAUCUCUGACAGCAUGCCUGAGCUCCAUCCCUCGGCUGCUCGGCCGUGGCAUCAUUGCUACGGCUGACCUGUCUGCGUGUGUGUGUGUGUGUGUGUGAGUUGAAGCGUGUGUUUGCGUUUGGAGCUGCGUUUGGACGACAAAUGCAGGGAUGAGAAGUGAAAAGUGGAGUUGCUGCUUUCCCUCGCGGGAGGUCGUGUUUGUUAUCCUUAUUAAGGUCAUUUGCCGGCUUGGGUGACCGCUGUAUGUGCGCGUGCGUGUGUGCACGUGUGGGGGGAAUUAUCCUGGCUGUUUUGACGUCUGCUGCGGCUGCUUGGAAACCUCCCCCACUUCCCCACACCUUCCUCUUUCCCACUGAGGGGUGAAGCAGCCUCUCUUCUUCCUCGCUCCACCUUCUCACGGUGAGUGUCGGCACGUUGUCUUAGAGCAAAGACAGCUUGUUCUCCGCUGCGUGGAUGUGUUUUAUUUUUCUGCUGCAGUGCUCUCUCUCAUGUUUUCACAUGUCCUGCUCACACUCCCCUCUACGCUUCAUCAUCUCUCUCACACAGUGACCAUGCAAGCAUUUGACCUUCACACACACACAUCUCCUCUCCUCCAAAGCUGCCCCCUUUCUCCUGAUUGCCCAUUUUUUCUACGCUCCAUACUUCCUCAUCCUCCAUCCACAAUGCAUCAGUUGUAAGACACAGAAAUGGGUCAUGCCACUGUGGAAAGUGUGAGUGAAUGUGUGUGCGCCUCUCCUGAACCAGUAUCAGCUUUGCAGGAGUAAAAUCUCUGCGAUUUGCCAUCAGGGGAAACACGCAGUUCUUCUCUGGGAAAGCUGGUGCAUCCUGAUGGAUACGUGACUGACACCUGAUCCCUUCGACAACAUUUUACACACCUCCUGUCUUUCACCCUGUUGUGCGAUCGACCGUGCUCUUCCCGAUGUUUUUGUGUCGCUCUACUGACCCAAAGAUGACGGGCCAGAUCUUAUCAUUUCGGUAGAAACUUACAAUCAACUAGUUGCUGCUUUUAUUCUGCAGCAGUCUUACAUAUUUGUGCACACCUGGAGUUAUCAUCUGAGCAAAAGUGCAGGAAAUUUUUCCACUGCAUUGACUUGAACGCACCACAUUUGCACAAGGCGACACAAAUCGUACAUUGAAUUUGAUUUAUGAGCAAAUUUGUUAUUGAAUCUUUAUUUCUCAAAGAAUGCUUCAAAGAAAUAUAAGCUUAGACUGUAACAUAAGGAUAAAGUCUCACUCAUCUGUGUGUUUCUUUUUUUAAGUUAUCCUAAAGGUGCAGUGCGUAAAAUUAGGACAUUUAGUGACAUCUAGUGGUAAAAUGCCAAUCUCUCCUGAGGCAAUAAUGGUUGUCAAGAACAAAGUUGUACGUUCUAUUCAGGGGACAACCAGAUAAGCCGAUCACUGAUCUGCAACAAGCUACAGCUACAAAUUCAGAUCAUCUUUUUGUUGUUAUCAGAUGAUUUCCCCCUCGUUGCACGUUGCUAAGAAGUCCAUUAAACUAAAACUAGCCGUCAGAGAUCCUAUUGAAGGCCAAAUUAAACUCAAUCUGGUAGCUGGGAUGAAAAACAAAAGAGUGCUGGAGUAAAACCUGCAAAAAAAAAGACGAGCUGUAGAUCCAUUUAAAAAAAAAAAAAUAAGACCGAGAGUAUCAUUACAAUUAUGACGGGAAGAUUGAAUUUUCAGGAAAACAAGGCGCCCGGCUGUAUGACAGAUCACCUGACAGGAAUAUGCAAAAACUCUGCAAAUUCAAUGUUCACCAAACUCGGAUUUCUUUGAGGAAUCUGGUCUCGGUUGAUUUGUCCUUCUUUGAAAAGGUAGCAAAUCGCGUCAUAACACCUGAACAGUACAUCAGCAAGCAUGAGCAGAGAUCAGGUAAACGUUCCUCCAUGUAGUGAAGAGUUUGUGAGUUGAAAUGUGACUUAUUACACUUUUCAAAACAAGUGUCAGACAUUCUGUUUGCUCUGUGAUAUGAGGAAGUUCAAGUCAGAAACACAUUUUCAGCUGAGAUGACCAAAUAUAGAGAGGUAGUUUUUCUUUAUGCUGAAGUUUUCAACAUCUAGGAGAAGUAUCUGUCUUUUAAAAACUAUCCUUAAGCUGAGAAAGUGAAAACCUGCUGCUUCUAUGAUAGAAAAGACUUUUUUUUAAGUCAUCAGAAAUGAGGAGAUUAUGAUAUCUUAUUUACACAUACUUCUGCGUGAUAAUUCUGCAGAAUGUACCUUUAACACCGUGCGACUCCACACUCAACACUGAGAGCUGAGAAACGAAACAGCUGCUCCAGAUCAUAAACGCUCAUUCAGUAUGCCGCUGACACACUGAAAUAUAACGAGGAUAGCCUACUUACUUCUGCAUGCAUUAAUGUUAAUCAGCUGCUGGCUCUCAGUCCUGGAGGUCCUGGAAAAUCCUUGAAUUGAAAGUGAAAUAAUGGGAUUCACUCUGUCGUCUUUCUAACCAGGUAAAAUCAGACAAUUUUUUUUAGAUUUAAGAGACCAAAACCUGAAAACUUUUAGGAUUAUUUGUGAUCUAAAGCGAGUCAAAGUCGAUUUAUGUCAGAGGAAUGUUAGAGUUAAUUAGAGGUGUCUCUACUUCUAUAUGAUAUCAAUAUUGUAGCCUUUAAUACUGACCAAUACCAAUAUUGAUCUGAUAUCGGCACAAACUUGUGCAUGACAAGUCUUUCAGUCAGCUGCAAUGUCUUUUUUGGACUUAAUCAAAAAUACUGCCACAAGGCCGACAUCACUCUUACUCCUGCUUUGUUCGUACCCUAGUACACACUGUUGUUGUGAUCACAUGGGCUCUACAUGCUGGAUCAGGGAGCUGCUACCCAGAGGUGCCGGAGCGGAGUCAGGAAUGGACUGCUUAUAUCGGAAAUUUUAGAUGCAGGGCGAUCUAAUCCAAUUUUGUUUUUGUUUAGUUGCUGAUAUCUGACCGAUACCUGAUAUCAAUAUCGUAUCAGGACACCCCUAGAGUUAAUGAACCAAUGCAGACACGGGGAUGCUUGUUGGUGUGGAGUUAUCUCAUUUGGGAAAGAUGACAGUAAUAUUGGCCUCCAGAGCGCAGGCACCAAUCGACCGAUCAAUUGACUGAUCAGUCCGUCUCUACCGUCUUGCCACUUUCUCACUUUUUUUUUUGCCAUCUACUUUUCUUACUUUCAAAACGCAACUUAAGGAGCUGAUAGUAAUAUCUUAGUCAAUGUUUAGAUAUUGGCUCAUGUUUGUCUGAAAUAACAAAAUUAACAAAGUCAAAGUCAAAUAUGUCGAGUGGUGCAAGAGCGAGGGAUAUCCAGCUAGAUGACAUACUUAAAAGGCCGAUACCACCGCUAACAGUGAUAUAAACUCUGUUUUUAAUGUUAAGAAUAAUGUAGUUUUUUUUGUGUGAUGUCAAUAUUCACCUGUUACUGUUUUUCGUCUUUGCUAAUCCCAGGUAACCGAGCAGAAAUACUCAAUCCUUUAUGAGGAUAUUUCACCGAGCCGUUUACAAUUAUUUAUUGAACAUUCAGAUCAGUUUAGCAAUUCUCAUUUGAUCGUAUUAUUAUAUCAAAAGAAAGCAACAAAAUUUGUAAUAUUAUCAACCUGCUCUAUAAUUAUCGUAUUGGCAAAUGGCAAUGGAAAAACUGAUAUCAGUCGACCACAAGUCUCCAAUGUUCACAUUUGGAUUAAAUUUUAUUGAAAUCACUGCUGCUCUUCUUCUUCUCAUACUACUACAUCCACUACUUUCAUCUCAAACUGUUUUAUUGAUAAACUCAUGGAUAUUAACUUAGAAUAUUAUAAUAUCGGGGGGACUCUCUUUGUGUAAGUAAAGACUGAUUCCUGCUGCUGUGAGAUGACUGCAGGUAUUAAAACUAACUGUGGAAUGGGUUUCUCUUGCUAGAAUCACUUGUGGCACAUAAAGCAGAUCAAAUAUAAGAGGGUGAAAUGAUCGCUCUGUCUUCACGGCUCAGCUGCUGGAUGUGAUGUCUAAAUGGUGUCUCUACCUCCUCAGCUCGGUAUGGAGUGAUGUGAUUCCUUUCCAGCUCAUCUAAGUUUACAGUUUUUGUUAAGCUGCAAUGUGCUGAAAACGAAUCGCUCCCUCCUCUCAUUUUAUAAGUGCAGUUGUUCCAUAAAUGUGGAAACACUUGUGAGUCCCAAAUGGAGCAGUCUUUGGGACCAUGUGACCUUACUCGUGGCUUGGGUUACCGAAGCACCAGAGGGCUGUUAAAGUUUGAUGGAUAUAUUGUUCGGCUGGCCUUUGACUGACUCCUCACAGCAGUGUGACGGAGGCUAAUGUGACGUGUGUCAGUCCUCUUAUUUACAGCAUGUCUCUCCUCUUAAUCAGAUUGGAGUUAUGGUGAAGGUCUUGAAUUUGAGGAGGUGAAGAUAAAGCUGUCAAUCUCAGCAGUCGUGAUGUACUUGUAAUAUUUACUAAAUAAAACUCACCAUAAACGUGUUUGUCAAUAACAAACGGCACGCAGGUUUAUUGGCUUUGUCCAUCAACUGAUACGUUAUUUUAAACUCUGACCUCUGUGUGGCAAAAAUAACUCAUACUUUGUCUUUUAUCAUCAAUACCAAACGUUUGCAUAUUGGAGCUUUUUAAUAUCGCUGUAAUCAAGACGUGAGGGCGCUGAAUUCUCAUUGAAUCAGUAAUUUGCUGCAUGCAUGACACUCUAACGAUGUUGCAGAAAAGAGAACAUGAAGAGAAGGUGAAUGUGAAGAAGCAGCAUAAGGAAGCUGUGAGAAGCUGAGCGUGCAGCUUCAGUUCAUCGUUUUAUUUCAUUCACAAAUGUCGGUAGGAGUGCCCUCUGCAGGAGACGCUCUGCACAGAGCACGUUUCUACUGCCACCAAACCACACGGUUAAUAACGACAAAUUUACCAGCUACCGAAAAUGUUGCACUGAUUCAAGAGACGACAGUUUGUCACCUUGACGAGAAAUCUUGUUGCUCUCAUCUUGCAAGAACUUGUUAAGCCCCUGGUCUUGAACUAUCCCUGACGUGUAACCAAACAACUCCUGAUGCAUGCUCUGAUCAUGUCAUAAUUUGACCUCUCCUACACUCUUCUGUGUUGCCCCCUUUUUACGCCCUUUUCAACGCCGUCUGUCUCAGCCAGUUUUGGAAGUCGAACCCUCACUCCGAUUAAAGUUUCUCCACCAGUCAAACAUCUAUCAGCUCUCUGUUUGCUGCAUCCAUAAGCUCCAAUGUUCUCAUGUGCCAUCAGCUGAUGAAGAGCCGAGAUGCUUCCCCAACUUCUAUCUCCGUUCCUGCUACCCCGCCUCAGCAGAAAAUUAAGCUGAGUCACCCCUCGUGUCACAAACGGAAGUUCAGCACGUAAACCUUGUCGACAGCCGCCUACCUCCUCUCAGUCCCCAGAGAGCUGGAAAUAAAAGAUACAGCCCCGCUCAGAUAGAGUUGAUUUGAGCUGUUUUGCUCAGCUGAAAUAAUUUGUUCACUCCAAAGACCCCAAUUUGGUUGACGAAUGGAGCCCAUCAGCUCGUGUGUUCUGGAGAGAGGAGAGAGGCUGUAUCUUUUCAAGGUUAAUCCUUUCAAGGGAGAUAAAAGUCACUGAGCAGUCAUUCCUCACAGAUUCUCUCUAAACUGAUUUUGGAAGCUUUUCCAAAACUUUGUGAGACUCUCUUAUAUAGAUUUCUUUUAGAUUUUUCAUAUUUGAUUGACAGAAUUUUGGAAAACUCAUCAUUUACUGUUAACUCCACGAGUUAAAAACUUUUGGAUUUAAGCUUUUCUGAUCAGUAAGUGAGUUAAAUAAAAGUGUAGAUAAGCGUUUUUAGUGUCUUUUAGUUUAAUGUUUUGGUUUUGCAGGUUUUAAUGAGGUACUUGGCAGUAUACUCGCUCUUUCUGCAACCCCUCUCUAAACCCAGCUCAGUCUCAGCAGACGACUGUCUAACAUAAGUCCGGUCCUGCUCGAGGUUUCUGCCUGUCAAAGAAAGUUCUUCCUCUCCACUGUAACAAUUUCACUUUUAUGGAUGAAGAUGUGGGCAGGUAGGGCUGGGUGAUUAACCGAAAAUUUACUGAUACCGAAAUUUACAACAAUAACCAACGUCAUUUUGCCCAUAUCAGUAUGGUGUAAAAAAAUAUAUAAAUCAAAGUUGGUUUUGGAUGUGUGUAGGUAGGCUAUGGUCUCAUGUCCCUUCAAGACGCUUUCCUACGUCAGAGACGUGACUCCACCCCAUCCAGUCAAAGAGGGAAAGACAGGUGAGGAGAUGGAGGACGGAGAGAAAGUUGUAGCGGCUGAAGUAGACGAAAUUAAUGUGUGAGGGGGUGAGCAGCCUGUGGAGUAGUUAUCGUCCAUUUAUCGCUAUUAAGGUGAACUGAUCAAUAUAUCGUGAUAUUGAUUUGAGGCCAUACCGCCCAGCCCUAGAAGCAGGUCUGAUCCUACAGGAUGGGGCUCAGUCUGGUCCAGUCUUUCCAUUGGAUCUUUGUUUAUAGAGUCUGGUCCAGACCAUGUAUUUUUGCAAAGCAUCUUGGGAUAACUAAAUUAAUAUGGAUUCUUAUAAGGCAUCAAUCUCCAUCUUUGUAUUUAUGUCAAGUAACAUCCAAUUAAAUUUAAUUAGCAGUCUUUAAAAUGUUAACAAGAUUUAAGAGAAGGCUCCUAUGCGAGCUUAUUAGCCAUAAUAAAUGUUAAUAAUAAACAUACAUUAUAUUAAUAUUAAUGAAGGUAUUCGUACUGUAGCUGAUGUUUGGGUUUUCUGCAAGUGUGUUACAAACUCAAAAUCAGUUUGACAAUCUUUAAUGAACAGUUUAAAAGUCAGGUAUAUAAACUCUAGGUAGUUUAUGAGUGAUUAUAAAUGUAUAAUAAGGUCAUAUAACUGACUUAUUAACUACAUGAAAAUGAAGUUCUGAUGAGUAGUCUUUGACAGCUUCACCCUGUUGUAUAUGUGUGUGUGUGUGUGUGUGUGUGUGUGUUUCAGAGUUGUUUUGACUGCUAACCCACAUGCUCUCCUGCUGAACUAUAAAAUAAAUUGGUCAGUAUCUCGGCUGAUUAAGAGAAAUGGCUUAAUCAAUACACGGCUAGUCGCUGAUGUCUGCGGUUUUACAGAGCUCAGUGUGAGAGCUCCCAGUAGGGCCGGGCGAUAAAAUAAAAUCUAAUUUAUUUAUUCAUUUAUUUUACAUUAAACUCGAUUUACGAUGUCUUAGUUUUCUUUCUCUGAAAAACAAAGCUACGAAGUCACGACUCCAAAUUUAAAGAUAUUUUGGAUAUGAAUAUAUAGAUGAAGAAUGUCAAAAUGUCUUUUUCUGUUUCUGUGAAAGUCAUCUGACAAACAUCUUUUUCCCUGGUUACCUGUAUGACAAGCCCCGCCCCCUCUAGUGUGUGAUUGGCUGGCUGGAGCGGCAACUAAUCAAUUUACCGCUCAGCCCUAGAUCUUCAGGUUUAUCUGCGAACGAAAGACAGAAAUCUGAUAAAGACUAAAAAACGUGUUUUGUGUCCGACAGGUGUGAGUUUAUCUCUACAUGGGUUUGAGCCCCAACCACAGACCCCCUAUCUACGAAGAGUCCCGCUGCAGCCCUCGGCCUCAGGCUACCAGGCAGCGGACAGACCCCUGGCCUUCUCCUUCUGUGAGAGGGAGGCGGACAUCAUGGAGGAGUCCUCAGCCGAAGCCCCGGACUCCAGCACUCAAGACGAUGUGCCUCCUCUGGGUGAGAAGCAGCUAAGCCUGACUUUUGCAGAUGUCCCGGGUUUACUGCGUUCACUAUCGUACCCCGGUGUGGAUGUUGUAGUUUUAUCCUUUGCUUACUUUCCUCCAGCUGUAAAGGAUGUCAACGUGCUGCUUGAGAGAGUGAGGUCAGAGGGCACCAGCAGCCCGUCGAGAGACGACGACGACUCCACCCUGCUGAACCCGGGAACUCACAGCAGCAUCCUGGAUGAAAACUCCAAGUCUGACUCUGGCCUCCCUGAGGUCAGCGGCAGAGCUCAGCCUUUAACCAACUCUGAGAAAGAUCAUUUCCCUCUCAGACAAUCACUCUCCUCAUGUGGAUAUCUGUUUUUAUAUUUUCAGGCUAGGAGUAAGUCAAGCGGCCUUUGCUUCAGUGAUGGAAAAAGCCGGAUCGACUACCUCCUGGUCUACAGAAAGUCCAGCUCCCUGUCCGAGAAGAGGGAGGUGUUUGAGAGGAAUAUCCGAGCAGAGGGCUUACACAUGGAGAAGGAGGUAGAAGCAUGUGCACGUACAUCUGAACCCUCAUGUUUGCAACCUCUACAAAACCUGCUUUAUUUUGUUCUUCCAAAUCAAACUCUGAUAAAACACGCAGCUCCUCUCUUUAUCUGGGGAAGUUAUCGUCCUGAUUCGCCUGCAACUCAGAAACGGAAGAUUGCAAAUGCACAAGCAGACCUGGAAAUGAGUCUGUCAUUACUUUGGCAAACCUGCAGCUGCUUUAACAUCAGUAGUAAUUUGUGUGAAGAAGCUAUUAAACUCAGUCCUUUUCAUGUAACCUCAGUGACAAGAUGCAGGGUUUUUAAACGCUCUCAGCCUUUAUUGUUGUCUGACAGCUGAGCGCGUUCAUGACGUCUGUUCUCGAUCUGUUUCUUAUAAAGCGAAAAACACAUUUGCUGAGGGCAAUUUUCUCGUCUGCUUGUCAUAAAGCAAAAGCGUCUCUUAAAGGACUGUAAGUGGAUGUUGUGAUGUGUGUACGUACGUUUGUGUCUCUCUGUUUGCACCGUCUGAUGGUGCAGAGGCAUCAAGGUCAUCGUCAUGCAGAUCAUGCAGGGGAAGUCGGUACUUAUUGUCUCCUUCAGCGGCCCACUCGGGUUUGUUUGUGGUGAAGAGUCAUUUUGUUAUUUUUAGUCGGUUUCCUGUGAGUUUCUGACUCAUGUACCUUUAGACUCACUCCCACUCUGUCAUGCAGAAAGGGGGCAGGAGCGAGCGCGCGGUGUGACGCGGUGUGUUUAACGUAUACUGCUGCAGAGCGGGGCACAGAUCGACCCAUCAUAGGAUAAUAGCUCUGCAACACACAGGAUCUAUGGCUCUGAUCAGGUUUCUCAGAGGAGCUUUAAAUCGUGUGUGUUUGUGUGUGUGUGUGUGUGUGUGCGUGUGUGCGCACGCUUGGUUUCUCCACAGGCCUCAGUAACAAACAAUGAUGUGAUUUUCCUGAAGCUUCAUGCACCAUGGGACGUUCUUUGCCGCUACGCAGAGCUCAUGAACAUCCGCAUGCCUUUUCGGUAAGACAAAAUAAAAGUCAUAGAGUCUCAUAUUACAAAAAAAAAGACAAACAAAAAAAAGUCAACACAAUCGCACCGCCUUCGUCUACGAACCUGAAUCACCACAGGCUGGUGUUCCUGGACCAUGUUGGUAAAUGGCUUCCUCGUUCACAGUGAGGAUUUCCACUGCAGAGUCAUGUCUGUUUUUGAGGCAUAUAUUGCUUUUCUGAUUGAUUAUUCUGCAUUCAGUUACUUUUGUAUGGUUGCCAUGGUGAUACGCAGGGUUUUGGGUCACGUGAGCACUGCAAUUGACAGCCAGUAGGUUACAUAGCUGUAGAUUUUGUUGACCGCUUUCGUUGUUUAGUUUGCUUUGAUACACGUUCACCAGAGAUGUACACAUCCAACGUCAUGUGCGUUUGUGUGUGUAAGUCCUAAGCCAGUGGUAGUUAUUAAAACUUGUCCGAACUCAGGGCGCUUUAUUGGGACAGCAGCAGCGUGUCACACAAAUAUACAGGCCCUAUUCUCUGCCUCAGGCGACAUUUUUAAAGUACUAGAUAUAGGGAUGUCCUAAUCUGAUAUUGAUAUUGGAUAAAGGUCUGAUAUCAAUAUCGGUCCGAUAUUUGAUAUAGAUUUCAGACAUCAGUCCGAUAUCCGCAAGAAAUCAAAUAUCGAAUUAUAUCCCCCUGGAUCUAAAAUCUCCGAUAUCAACACUACGAUACAAGCGGUCCAUUCCAGACUCCGCUCCAGCACCUCUAUCUAGCAGCGCCCGGAUCCAGCAUGCAGAGUCCACAUGAUCACCACAACAGUCUGUAUUAAUGCUGCGUUCCAUUUGAACUCGGUUGUCCGAAUUUCCGAGGUACAAGUCAGAAAUUCUUCUGGAACGCCCCCCUGAAGUUGGAUUUCCGACUGGAAAGUCUGACGACACGGUGCUAUGGUGUUUGUAAGAGUAAAAUACUGUGUUAUGUGUUGUUUACAACUGGUAUAGCCAACAACAACAAACAACAACUGACAACCUUAACAGCUAACAACAGGUAACUAUAGGCGUCCAUCUUGGUUUUCCAACUUGUUAACUAAAACAGCGUCAACUCGGAUGUAACGUCAUUCCCAGCUUUGACAUCUGACUUCCAAGGUAACUGGAACGCAGCAUAAGUUAUGAACAAAGUAGCGAGGAGUAGGAGUGAUGUAAGUCGUGUGCGUGGCAGUAUUUUUUGAUCAAGUCUGAAAAAGACGUUGCUGCUGAGUGCAAAACUUGUCAUGCAUAAGUUUGUGCCAAUAUCAGAUCAAUAUUGGUAUCGUACAGGAAGUAAAACUGCUGUAUCGGGACACCCCUAACUGGAAAGCCGUGAUAUCACUCGAGGCCUGAAGAUCACAAUCACCCAGUCUUGUUCUGGUCUUGUUUGGAGAUUUCUCCAGACUUUCUGAGUCUUUGAACAUCAUCCUGCUCCAUCGUUGAUAAAAAUCCCAAAUCCUUUCCUGUCUUGAAAGUUCGGAGUCCGUUAGCUCACGCGGUCUCUCACAGAUUUGGAGAUUUUUUCUGCAUUACACAACUUUUUCAGUGUUUUUGUUUCUGUUCCAGCUUUUUUAGAUCCUGCGGCUGGUUAUAAGAUAAACUCAAAACUCAAUCAUGUAUCAAAAUGUUCACUUUUUUUCAGACGUCCUUAACCUUGUAGCUUUUUUUGAAGUUAGGUUAUUGUGUAUCUCAGUUAAAAUAGAGAGGAAAUGUGUUUGAUUAUCAUGACCACUCUUCCCUGAGAACUAACCUUUUCAUUUCUAACUUUUUCACUCAGGAGGAAAAUUUUUUAUCGGCGGCACAAGUUCAUGAGCAGGUGAGCGUCUUGUGAGGGAGAUAAGUCGACAGAAACAGCUUUCUUUGUGCAAAUUUUCACUCAACUUCACUUGCAGGAUGGAGAAGCGCAUUAAUAAGUUUCGUGGCUGGCUCCCCCGCAAGCCGAUGAAGUUUGACAGCGACACUCUGCCCGACCUGGAGGAGAACGAGAGCUUUACCGCCCCCUUCAGCCGCUCACGGAUACAUCAGUGAGUUUUUAGGGAGCUGCAACUCUCCUUGAAAAAUGACUAGAACUUUAUCUUGCGACACACCGGUGCCGGGCGUAUUCUCCAUUUCCUCUUUCACAGUUUUGCCUCUUAAAAUUCUCUCUGUCACACUAAUACUCACAUUUUCAUCCGCGCACCAGCAAUCAGUCACAGCGGACAGAUUUGUAAUAACCGCUCCAUUUCACCGCAGUUUCAUCAUCCACAACAAAGACACGUUUUUCAACAACGCCACCAGGAGCCGCAUCGUCCACCACAUCCUCCAGAGAGUCAAAUACGAGGAGGGCAAAAAUAAGAUGGGUGAGUUUUCUACUUCUGGAGACGUUUUAAAUGAAAUCAAACCUGGAAACUGACUUGAAAAGGGGGAUAAUCCGAGUUCACAUUCAGGUGCAAACUCACAGGAGUUUCAGGCCCUUCUGUCCUGAUACAGACGGCUUAAAUUUAAGACAGGGAUGUGUAAAUGCAGCUAUCAUGCAUGUGUGUUGUUUCUGCCUCCGAUCGCAGGUCUUAAUCGUCUGCUGAGCAAUAAUUCAUAUGAAGCCGCCUUCCCACUCCAUGAGGUAAUUUCUCUCAUAAAUAAUCUGAUUUGUUUCCUGCGUUUUAAACGGAUUAAAUCUGACACGUUUGCACCAUGUCUGUGUGUGUGUGUGUGUGUGGACCGUUUCAGGGGAGAUACCACAGCAAGAACUCCAUCAGGACACACGGAGCGGAGAACCACCGACACCUGCUGUACGAGUGUUGGGCCUGGUGGGGAGUUUGGUACAAAUACCAACCUCUGGACCUCAUCAGGUCAGACAUUUAGAGGCUUUUUUGGAGAUUUAUUAGUAAAUCUGAACGUUUGUGCAGCUCGUCUGCAGUCUGAAAGGCUGUCCGUCCUUCUUGUAAGCUCCUCUGCUGUUAUUUCAGGAGGUAUUUUGGAGAGAAGAUUGGUCUGUACUUCGCCUGGCUCGGCUGGUACACUGGGAUGCUCUUUCCUGCAGCUCUGGUCGGCCUCUUGGUAUUCCUGUACGGUAUCUUCACUCUGGAGCACUGCCAGGUCAGGUAAACACACCUCCUCUCUUCGCUGAUAAAAAUAAUACAUCCCUGGAGCUGCAGGUCGUAUCCAUGGAUGUUUCUGAAUAACUUUCUGUGGAGGUAAAAGCCUUAUCUGCUACUGAGCGCUUGUUAAAGGUGCAAAAACGCUCUGUAAGCACAGAUUAGACAUUCAAUUUAUUCAACAAAAACUUUUUUUUCUUUAAAGCACAAGUCUGCAGAUAAGGCAGUGUCUCUUAUCAGGUGUUGAAAUAAAAAAUAAACUCUACAUGUACAGACCCGAACAUAGAAAUAAUCAUCAAAUAUAAAGAAGAAAAUCACUUUUUAAACAGCUCACAUAAAACCCUGCAGAGAUGCGCUAAAGUACAACACUGUGCAUGCAUGCAUUUUUUCCUGGAGUGUCUGUUUUGCUCAGAUUUAAGUUUUUUUUUUAUCACGUCUUGGACAGUUUAACUCCUCUGAAUGUUUCUCUCCAGUAAAGAAAUCUGCCAGGCCACCGAUAUCAUCAUGUGCCCCAUCUGUGACCAGUACUGCCCUUACCUGAAGCUGUCAGACAGCUGCAUCUACGCCAAGGUACUGACAUAUGUGCACAGCAGCUGAUCAGGACUUUGUUAGAGUCCUAGAGAAAGUUAUUUUGAAUCCUUCUGAAUACUUUCUUUCCUCUUUAAGGUCACACAUCUCUUCGACAACGGGGCGACUGUUUUCUUCGCCGUUUUCAUGGCUGUUUGGGGUGAGUAACCAGAUACCUUCAAACACUAGAGAUGGUUAUUUCUAGAAGUCCAGCUCUUUCUUUAGCCAUGUUUACAUGUGCAAAAUUUCUUGAUCUGAUUAAAAAUUUGGGGGAUCAUAAAAUCUGAAUCCACUGUUUAUAUCGGCGCAAAGUCAAAUGAUCCGAUCAUGAUCCAAACCAUAGACUGUAGAUAGAAUGGACGCCGUCUGCCUCCUCUCUGGGUGAAGCCACUCCGAGAACAGCACCCUCUGUUGACGGGCUGCAGUAUAGGUCAUAAAUUCCACCUCUGCCAGCAAAGCUUAUGGGACUGUGGACAAACUUUAUAAAUUAAUUACACAGAACAUAUUUUUUUCUUCAAAUCCGUUUACAGGUGGGAGGCGGAGCCAAGUUGUCCAUAGUAUAUAUAGUCUAUGAUCCAUACAUGUACCGAGCUUUAUUCAGAUUAGAAACAUUUGGAUAUGCGCCGAAUUGUCUGAUUUCGCUAAAACAACUGCAAAAGAAGAGAUGUAUUUACACCUGUGCUGUCAACAAAUUCAGGAGUUUCCCACUGUUAAUUGUUGUCAGUAGGUGGCGCCCUUGUUUACUUAUUUUACAGUUCUGUCAAAGGUUGCACUGUGCGUGCAGAUGUGACAUCAUUACGCUGUUUGUACGCGUUGUUGUGUUAUCGGAGGAGUAGACACGGUACGUGCGGUUAUGUUUUAUGCCAGAGUGUUGAUAAUGAAACUUCCUGGACUGACCUCGAUAAAUAAGAGGAAGAUCGAGUCAGGUUAGAGAGUCACCAUCGGAAAAAGUGUUCACAUGAUCGGCAUAAACCACCCCUCUUGAUCGGAAUACAAUUUCUUUCCGAUUGAACCGAAGUGGAUCAGAAUUUUCCGAUCAACACGUUUACAUGACGCACUUUUAUUCCGAUCAGGCUUUUAUUCUGAUUAUUUGUGUCCAUGUAAACGCAGCUUUUGACUCGUAUCAUCUUCUGUAUUAGUCACAGCUUAAAAAAAACAUUGUAAAGGCAACAAAACAAAACAAAAACUUGCUUUGUUUUGUGUGUUUUCAGCUUAUAGAUAUAUUUUUAAAAAGACUAAAACAGAUCCAGAGCCGAUCAGCGCUGAACCAGAUCCCAGGGUAUAGGGGGUCCAAACAGGGAGUGUGUUACUGGUUCAUAUCGGUCAUCUGAAAUCACAGGCGGUGAAGCAGCAGCAGCAGCAGCAGCAGCAUGAUCAGCCAACUUUGAGUGAGCCGGUUUGUAAAAGUCUUUGUGGCAGGAUGGAGGAGCUGAAGGAGAAAGAGCAGAAAUUCACUUUGAGUCGCUGUUUGACAGAUUUAAUACAGACGAGAACGUAAAUUUAUAUUUUAAUCUCACCGAUGAGUUUGAGAGUCUCCGGUUCUUUGAGAAAAUCUCGUACUCUGUUGUCUAAUCUCCAACAUCUCAGCAUGAAGAGUAAGACUAAACACAGCUGGAGGGCAAAGGUCAACACGCCCAGCAGGACUAUGGUGUUGUUAACUGUGGAGGGUGGAGAGGAGGGAGAGGCUUUGUUAUAUAACGGGCCUGAAAGCUUCAAACUAAUCAAAAGUGAGGACGUGCCGGAGCUGUACAACAGUGCUGGAUCUGUCCUGUUAAUAAUUUAGACACUUUGACAUAUUCAGACAAUGUCCCUAUUGUAGUGGAAACCCGACCGCGUUCACACUCGUGCAUCUAUUAUGAGAAAUUACAGCUGCAGAAUGAAAGAACUAGCAGUGAUGAAACUUUCUAUCCCGUCAAAAUAAAAGUCUCUGAAAACCACGUGACAGAUGUUAUUCUGCUUUGACACCCUGAAAUGUUGCAGUACCAGCUGAUGAGAGGUGUGGCGUCGACUCCCACUGGGUGACCUCAGGCUGAGAAGAGUCCAGGGUCAGGUUUUGGUUCAAGAGGACUCCCAUUGUCGGCUCCGUCGCAGCUGCUGGAGAGAGAAUACGCUUAUUUUCAUACUCACAUCCAUGCAAAGAGCAGUUUAAGCUGAGUUUAAGCUGUCGUACGGGUUCCAGUAAUUUUACUAAACAAUAAAGUUGGAGUCACUUGUUGUACAAACACUAAAAAAAAAACUCUCAAAGGGUGUAAGAUUAUUAAAAUUAUGGAUUUAAAGCACCAAAUACUUUGAGUUUGAGUUUCAGAACUGCAGGCAGGUCAGUUUAGCACCAUGUCAGCUAAGGCAGAGCGAUAUGGCCUCAAAUCAAUAUCACGAUAUAUUGAUCAGUUCACCUCGAUAACAAUAAAUGGACGAUAACUACUCCACAAGCUGCUCACCCCCUCCCACAUUAACUUCAUCUACUUCAGCCGCUACAACUUUUGUACCGCCCUCCAUCUCCUCACCUGUCCGUCAAAACCAACUUUUAUUUUUUUAUUUUUUUAUUUGACACCAAUUAUACCGAUAUGGGCAAAAUGACGUCGGUUAUUGUCAUAAAUUUCGCACCUGUGCAUCUCUAUACCAUCAGGGGUGCUGGUCUUGGUCAUGACCCGGUCCUGACAUAACAGAGAAGUCACUGUUUAUGUAUGUUUUCUUCUUUGACCAGCACAGUUUUUACCUUUAUUUGCGGAUGCAGUGACAAAUUUGUGGUUUUGAGCUCAUGCAGUGAUUUCCACUACAGAGCAUAGGGCUGCACGAUUAAUCGACUUUAAAUCAAAAUCAGAUUAUUUGAUUAUGAUCAUGUUAAAAAAAUGAAAUCUUCAAAUCAUUUUUCCUCUCUAUCACGUCUCACGCCUCCUUACUGGCGUUUGCAAAAGAAGGCGAUAAUUUCGUGGUUAAAUAGGACAAGAGCGAGUCAGUCGUGUUGAAUUGGUACGGCUUCAGAGUUUCAGAUGAAGAGUAAACCACUCCCCGCUGCAAAGUCUGUCUGAAGGCGGUAUCAACCCGUCACCAUGGAAACGAAUUCAGGAGUAAACGCAAAAGUUUUUUAUCGUGUCGUUUUUGAAAUCAGGGUCAGAGAGUGCAUAAAUCCAUAAACGACGACCAUUUCACCUCCGUGUGGAUGUCUAUCUGCAUCUCUGGAAACGAUCAUGUGACACACAGCGUAACUCUUUUAUGGCGUCUGCGCGUGUCCGGCCAAAACAACCUUUAUAUGCACGCUCUGUUCUCUUCUUCUGUCUUCUGUGUAUUUCCUGUGCAGCGUUACAGCGCCACUUACUGUCUUGUCGUACGCACCACAUCAUUUUCAGUUUUGAGAGAUGAUAGAAAAACUUUUUAUUUUUGAAGUGAAGUUUGGUGAAGUUGUCACUGAAUCAAAAAAAUCAAGUUUUAAGAGAAAAAAAUUGUGGUUUUAUUUUUGCCCUAACAGAGCCAUGUUUGUUUUGGAUGCAGUGUUGUUUUAGGGCUUGAGGAUCAUGACCUCCAGGUACUGGUCUCUGGUCCCAGCUCCUUCAGGUGGUGAAAGCCUCAGAUUCAGUCUCUCACAGAGUUGGACUCACUCUUCAUAUAUUUUCAUCCUAUCAGCUCGGUGUCGUAUCUUUACUGCAGGUCAGAAAGGUAAUUGGCUGACCGAUCAUAUGGUUGUGGCUCUUAUCUCCUCUCCACUGGCUAACCUAAACAAUCUUUAAUAAGGUACAGAACACACAGCUCUGUGCAAACAUGCUGACCUUUAAACUCAUGCAGAGAUUUGACUGGAAAACAUCGAGAGUCGACGUUAAAAUCAGAAAAAAUAAGCUGAAAAGUCAGACAAAACCUAUGAGCCUAAAAAGAGUUAGAUAAAGUGCAUAGAGCAGCUAUAAAUCCAAACAUCAUCGAAGGUAAAUGUUGGAAAAAUUCACCAAUAAUCUGAUUAAAGGAGUCAGAGUUGAUGUAGAGACCAGAACUGCUGCAAAAGACAGUGGAAAGUCUCCAGACGGCUUAUUUUCACAGCUGCAGAGACACGACAGAGCCGAGUCUGAUGUCCGAAAACAAACAUUUAAAGUUUACUUCAAGUGUAAGGAAAAGUUUUUAGGAAAUUACAGUGAUCAACUGACCUUCCAGGCACCGGCGUCUGUGCUGCUGCUGCUGCUGCUGUCUGAGUGGAAAUAUCCUGGAGUUCGGCUGCAGCAGAGAUUCAGCUCAAAUCCCUUCAUUAAGGCUCCUCAGAAGUGAGCUUCCCUGCUGGCCUCACGUGGGAACCAGCGCCCUCAGCCUCAGACAGCUGCACUCUCACAUCCAAACGGAGAAAACAAACUACAGGAAUCUGUUUCUGAAUCUCAGCGUUUCAAUAUGGGAUCAGUUUGGUGCAAAGAGACCAGCGAGCACAUGUGCAAUAAGUAAGCUAUCUGCAGGACUUUGUCCAAGAGCAACCACCCCCCAUGCCAACACUUUGUCCCUGUCGUAAUGUGAGUGACUAUCAUUAUUUACGGCAAACACUCGAGUUAAACACAGUCUACGGUCACUUAACCCUGUUAUAAUGUCACCACAUUCAGUCAGUUUUAUGGCGUGAAACCAGCUUAGAGGGCGGUGAGUCAGGACUGAGCAGAUCACCUGCAGCUACAGUCCAACAAAGAUACAAUCAGCUGCUGAAAUACGAUCAAUUAAAAACAUCAAUUCAGAGUUUUAAUUGUUGCCGGUCUCAAAUAUCAGUUAUUGAUCGAUCAGCAUAUUUUUAUUCAACACCAAAUUAAAAGUCCCACUCUGAUUAUUUAAUUUUUUUGUAGCCCUUUAGUGCCUGAAACCACAAAUGACCAGAAAAUUCACAUUAUUUUGGAGCUGAAAUGUUGAUUUCACUUACUACUGAAAAACCAAAAAAUCAAAAUGUCCUUAAAAUUUAACAAAUAUAUUUAUGUAUCUUGUUUGAUACAUUAGAUGUUUUUGGAAACUUAUUAAUGUCUAUCAUUUAUUGGACUGUAAUUCAGGUGUUUUUUAGUAAUUUGUUGAUCAUAUUAGUUUGAUAGAAGUAUCAUAAAAGUAUGUAUCAAAUAUGAUACAAAAGGCAUUGAAGGGUUAAACUUAAAGUCUUAUCAGUGGCCUUUAAAGUUUUCAGUCAUGUUACAUUAUCUAUAUUGAGUCAUGGGCAUUCUUAUGAGCAUGUUUGCUGGAUUUUAUUUUGAAAUGUACAUUUUUAGCUGCAGGUGCAGUUUGUAGAAAUCUUGAUGUUCGUGCUUUUUGGCUUUAGAUUUAUUGUUUACUUGAGGAAGCUGCGAUGACUUAGCGUCAAACCUUGAUAUCUGUUAGCCACUGUAUUGUGUGAAGUAUGAAGUGUUUAGCCAAAAUCAUGUUAACUGUGUCAUUUUCAUGGACUUUUCUUCUGCAGAGCCUCAGUAGCUCAUUAGCAAUUUGCUUCUGAGUCGUGGGUGGAGACAGCGCUGCUCUGCACACUCCUAUUCAUGUUAGCUUGUAGCCUAGCAUUGUCGGUGUAGUAGAAGUGACAGGUAACAUAGGAGCUAUUCAGCUCUCGGAAACUAAUAACUUUGUGGACAUGAUGAAAGUUAAUAUCAUAAUUUGCUUUCUAACGAGCGUUAGAGGGGGCCCCGGGGGGCGGAGCUUGGAUUUGUGAUGUAAGAAAUCUCACUGUGUCUGAACUUGCCAUUUGGGUCUGCCAGAGAUUCACAGCAAUUUGAAUACAGAAAUACUCAGAAAUGCACCUUUACACUUGGUUUUCUCAUGAAAUGUCCUGAAGCAUCAGCAAAAUGACAUAUGAAAACGUAGACAACAAGAAAACGUGAUUUUCAUCAGAGUGGGUCUUUAGAGGGUUUUAAACUGUGGGUGAUUCAUCAGGUAAUUUCCUUCAGGGCAUGCUCCCUCUCAUUAGUUCAUGAUUUCGGGUGACACAGUUGUGCAAACACAAACAUUUGAUGUUUUUUUUUAAUUCAUAUGUUUCAGCGACGGUCUUCCUGGAGUUCUGGAAGAGGCGCAGAGCUGUCCUGGCGUACGACUGGGACCUCAUUGACUGGGAGGAAGAGGAGGUGAAGCACAUGAGCUAUAAAUGACAUGGGAAAGAGGAGCUACAUCUUCUUGCCUCCAUAUCAUUGAGUAUAUUUACUGUCAGAGGUUCUCCUAGGAUGCCUCUGUGCUGGAGUAGGAUGUAGUAGUAGUGGUGAAUUCUGCUCACGUCUUUUUUCCCUGCGUCUCUCAGGAGGAAAUUCGCCCUCAGUUUGAGGCCAAAUACUCCAAAAAGGAGAGGAUGAAUCCCAUCUCCGGAAAGCCUGAACCUUACCAGGACUUCACCGACAAAUACAGCCGCCUCAUCGUCUCAGCGUCUGGGAUCUUUUUCAUGGUGAGGCUCUUCACUCGACAAAUGUCAAGUAGCAGGUGUCGCUUUCAGCGCCCUGCCUCAGAGCAGGAAGUCUUUAUGACGUACGUCCUGAUUGAAGGUUGAAGUCUUUAGAUCUUGUAAUCCACCGUGGCAUUUUUAUACAAACAUUCAUUCAGCUCAUUAAAAGUCAGAGUAACGCACAGUAAGAUGCUUUUUUCUCGGCGUGUGCGACUUUUAAAAGCAAAUAUCCGUGUGGCGUUAUGGUGAAAAUAAAGCUACUUUCAUCUUAUUCAUGGUAUUUGUCACGUCGCUUUGACUCCUCAGAUCUUGGUGGUGAUCGCUGCCGUGUUUGGAAUCGUCAUUUACCGCGUGAUCACCGUCAGUACCUUCGCGGCCUUCGGCUGGGCCCUCAUCAGGAACAACUCUCAGGUGGCGACCACGGGGACAGCGGUCUGCAUCAACUUCUGUGUCAUUAUGCUCCUCAACGUGGUGAGUGUCCGAUCAUCGGUGGACAGGAUCAUGAAGAUAUGAUCAUCCACGUUAUCCUGAAAUGAAUUUGUAGUUUUGGUAACAGUCAUAAAGUGAUAAAGCUGAUGCAGAAGUUUUGACCCUGAUACAAUUUUCACUUCUCGCUCCAACUUUUGUUUCCAGCUCUAUGAAAAAGUUGCUCUUCUUCUCACUAACUUAGGUAAGUCAAACAUCGUCCAGUUUCACAGUUCAGAGUUGUCAUUUAACCAAUGUAAUUCAUUGUUUCUCCUGUUCCUCCACGCCGCCGCAGAACAACCCAGAACAGAGUCGGAGUGGGAGAACAGCUUCACCCUCAAGAUGUUCCUGUUUCAGUUCGUCAACCUCAACAGCUCCACCUUCUACAUCGCCUUCUUUUUGGGAAGGUGAGGAACUCGUGCAGAGGUUUUUAGGCUGUCUCUCAGUUUAGUUUUUUUUAGUUCUCCCUCUUCCUGAAUAAAUUUGGUUUGUUUUUAUAUCCUCCUGCCUGCAGCUGGUUUAGUACCAGGACUCCUCGACUCCAGAGCCGUGCUGCAGUAAUACCUGCAGAAUCUGGACGAGCAUUAAAACACUGAAACAUGCAAGAGCUUAUGUUGCUCCAAAAUCUUCAUAUACUUUUCACUAUUAAUGGUGUCUGGUCCAUUUAUUCAUCUGUGCAUCCCCAUAGGGCUGGGCGAUAAACCGGAAAUUUACAGAUACCGAAAUUCACCACAAUAACCGACAUCAUUUUGCCCGUGUCAAUAUUUAUGGCGUCAAAAAAAUAAAUAAAAGUUGGUUCUGGAUGUGUGUAGGUAGGUUAUGGUCUCAUGUCUCCGACGUCAGAGACGAGACGCCACCCCAUCCAGUCCGUAACAGAGAGGGAAAGACGGGUGAGGAGAUGGAGGACGGUUCAGGAGUUGUAGCAGCUGAAGUAGAUGAAGUUUAUGUGGGAGGGGGUGAGCAGCUUGUGGAGUAGUUAUUGAUCCAUUUAUCGCUAUCAAGGUGAACUGAUCAAUACAUCGUGAUAUUGAUUUGAGGCCAUAUCGCCCAGCCCUACAUAUUGGCCCCUCCUUUUGCAUGAUACAAUUUUAACCUGUGUUUUUUAAAGCAGCGACAAACUUUAACAAUUUUUGGAACUGCUUAUCAGGUGAUGCAGUGACGUCUAUUACAGAGUCGAGUCUGUUUUUCAGGUGGUGCCACCAGCAAAGAUCACAGCCAUCCAGUGCUGGAUUUAGGUCUCCAGACUCUGAAUCUUUUGAACCUUAAAUUCUUUGAAUCUCUCUCCAUCUUUACUUCUCAAACUCAGCCUCUCGAUUGUCGUUUCUUUUUUACCAGUGAAGCUGCAAACCAUCCCAAGAAUUCAAUAUUUGUGCCAACAGGUUUUUAUCAAACAUCCAAGUGAUUUGCAAACCACCAAAAUCUGUUUUAUCUGCAGUUUCCACCGUGUCUCUUCUCUGUUGGAGUUGAGGUUGCAGUUUCUCUGUUGUAGUAUUCAGGUAAAAUGUUCAGGCUAUAAUACACGCUGAAUCACCGCGGUGACUCACUAGCCACUGCAAACCUGCUGAUGGUGACUGAUAUUGAAGUGCCACCGAAAGCAGGAAACCAGAUUUUACUUUGAAAGUGAUGCUCUGUUUGUCCUUGGUUGGCAGAUUUACAGGCCGGCCCGGUGCGUAUCUACGCCUCAUCAACCGCUGGAAACUGGAAGAAGUGAGUAAUUACUUUGCUGUCCCAUGAGGGAGGGAAACAGCAAAGCACUACGGACUAAGUAUUUCUAAAUUGAACAUUAAGCUAUUACUAUACGCCCAGCCACCAGACAUUUAACCCCCAUCAGCACUAAGCGGUGCUGCCAGCAGUACUUAUGGGAACAUGCAGGGAUAAAACACACACUGAGGUGGUCUGAGGGGACCAAAAGCCUGAGCUGGCACUUUAAGGUGCUGAGCUAAUGUUCUCCUGCUUGUUCCCUCAGCUGCCGGAGCAGAAAUAGAAAACUAUCAGUGGUGUGACAUGUACAGUACAAGCACAGCAUGAGUCAGCCUUUUGUGGUCAUGUGGAGAAUAAAGUUAUACAAGAAGAUGGUUCAGCAGCAGCGCAUAAAGUUAUAAAAACACUUUUACAGCUUCACUUUAUCAGGAUUAUAUAAUAACUCUGCAUCGUAAAAGCAGACGAGGAAACAAUCACAGAAAAUCUCUCUCUCUCUCUCUCUCUCUCUCUCUCUUUCUCUCUCUCUCUCUCUCUCUAUCUCUCUCUGUCUCUCUUUGUUUCUGCAGUGUCACCCAAGUGGUUGCCUCAUCGACCUCUGUAUGCAGAUGGGGAUCAUUAUGGUGCUAAAACAGACUUGGAACAACUUCAUGGAGCUGGGCUGCCCGUCAGUGUCAUAUUUAAGAACACCUGCACACACACACACACACACACACACACAUAUAUAUAUAUAUAUAUAUAUAUAUAUAUAUAUAUACAUAUAUAUAUGUAAAUAGGAUAUUAGGACUGUCGCAAUCCAAUCCAGUCUGCUUUAUUUAUAUAGAACAUUAUAAAAAACAUUCAAGUUUACCAAAGUGCUGCACAGUAAAACUAAAAGAACAAACACUGCAGAAAUAAUAAAAAAUAUUUAUGUCAAGAUGAAAUAAAUAAAAGCAGGUAAAAAAGAUUUAAAAUGAAAUAAAAACACAAAAGCAUGAAACAAAUAAAAGUGAUAGAAGGACCAUAAAAGAGAUCACACAACUCUCAUGCUGAAUUAAAAGCCAAGGAGUAAAAAUGAGCAAUGUACUGGUAUUGACAAAUAAAACACAACUUUGAUAUUGUGGUUUAAAAAAAGCGUACGGUUAUAUCAGGACUUCUGUUGUUUUGAUGUUGCUGCUGUCCCCUCUCUCUCUCUCUCACCCUCGUUCUCCACCCUCUCUUCUUCCCUCUCCUAUUACCUGUUCCCUCUCUCCUUCCCUCUGUCUUGUUCUCUUUCUCUUCCCCUGCCCUCUCUCCACUCCCCCCUCCUCGCCACUGUCGCUCAUGUUAGAUGAGAUGGGCCAAAAACCAUCUUAGAUUGGGUCUCUUGUCUUUAAAAAGCGUCUUGGGAUGACGACUGUUGUGAAUUGGCGCUAUAUAAAUAAAAUUUGAUCGAUUGAUUAAAGAGAAGAGAGAAGAAGCUGAAGAAACUGAUGAAUCAAUUCUAGAUUUACACUAUCUAACUGUUCUUUUCACUGUUUUCUUUCAGUUCAGUAUAUCAUGAUCCAGACUUCAAAAUAAAAGCACAGUUUGACAACUCAGGGAACAUAAAUGUAAGAUGGCAAAAGUUACCAAAAUAAAAGCAUGACAAACAGCCGUAUAAGACCGAAGCAGUUUUGAUUUCUUCUUCCUAUUUGGUAGAACUUUGACUUUAAAAGUUAAAAACCUGAACGUUGAAUUUGGGGACAAUCGGUUUUAGUUACCACACGACACAAUAGACUCGCCAUUGUGUAAAAUAGUGUAGAACUUGAUGUCAGUUUCAUUCACAGUUUUCAAAUUAAUUUGGUUUCAUUUAAAUCCCCAAAAAAUAAAGACUAAGAUAAUAAAAUAAAGCAGCAUAAAUACAGUAACAGCGUCGGUCGGUCGGUCAGGUGUGGUGUCGGUGAAUAAGUCACUUUGAUACUUUAUGGUCAGCUCAGAUAUCAGGUUCUGUUUUGAAUCUCCUCCCUCUCUCUUGUUCUGUUUUUUCAGGCUGAUCCAGAACUGGUGGACCCGGCGGAAACUGAAGAGGGAGCACGGACAGAAAGCGAAGGCCAGCUUCCCUCAGUGGGAGAGAGAUUACCACCUCCAGCCCAUGAACGCCCACGGACUCUUUGAUGAGUAUUUAGAAAUGAGUAUGUCGCGAUUUAAGGGACUCCAGCAGUGUGUUAUCCAGUUAAAAGCAGAAGAGACGGACUAAUAAAUCACCUUUGGACCUGUUUGUGUUUUUUUGUGUGUUUUUUAGUUCUACAGUUUGGCUUCACCACCAUCUUUGUGGCGGCUUUCCCUCUGGCGCCCCUCUUAGCGCUGCUGAACAACAUCAUCGAGAUCCGAUUAGACGCCUACAAGUUCGUCACACAGUGGAGACGACCUCUACCUUCACAAGCCAAAGACAUUGGUAACAAAGCUCACGCUCUUAUUUUGAAAAAUUCAAAUGAUUAGUUUUCACAUAUUCUGUUUAUUUUUGGUAAAAUGUGGUAAAGGUCCACAUUACUUGGUCUGUCGUUGAGUAGUUUUGGCGCUGUGAGCAGGUGCUAAGUCAGUUUCUACUACAAGUCAGUGAAAUGCAGCAGCAGCCCAUCUGGAUUUGGACUCAGGGUGUCGUGUGAUUUCUCCUCAUUUUAGGGAUCUGGUACGGUAUCCUGGAGGGCAUCGGCAUCCUGUCUGUCAUCACCAACGCCUUCGUUAUCGCUGUUACCUCGGAUUUCAUCCCUCGCCUUGUUUACGCCUACAAAUACGGACCCUGUGCUGGUCAGGGUCGAGCAGGAGAGGGGUGAGUGAGCAAACCCGUCUCUUCAAGCUUGCUUCAUUCAGACGCUUCAACUCUGGGACUUCUAAAUGUAUUUGUUGACCAGGUGUAUGCGGGGCUACGUCAACGCCAGUCUCUCGGUUUUUCGGGUGUCUGACUUUGAGAAAAGAUCCCAACCCAGGGCGACCGGCUCGGAGCUGCUCGGAGAAUCGGUGAAGUAUUGCAGGUGUGUGUUUGUGCGGAGGCAUCUUCAACUCCUCAUCAAGAACGACCCGGUACUGUUAAACCUCAUAAAUCCAUUUUUGAGACCGAGCCAGCAGAAGGUUUUCAGCAAGUUUUCAUCGCUGAUUCAUGUUUGAACAGGAUUUGGCUGGGAGCGUUAGUGUAACCUGAGGAUGGAUUACAUAACCUGUUUUUGUCUGUGUUCAUUCAUCACUUUAUUAAUGAUCCCUAAUCGAGUCCCACUGAGCUGCUUUCAGAGUCUAUGUUACAGAAUAAGUGGGUCAAACUGGAGCGUUCAUAACCCAGUUUGAACAAGAACACAUUCAUAUAUGAAAGUGUGAUAAAUCCUGGGAUUCGGUUUCUGAAUAACCUCGACUUUAGAUGAUAAAUGGGUUCAAAUAUUUUGGUGUAACUAGGAGGUGUAACUGGGCUACUUGAUUAUAGAGAAAACACGACCAGAGCGGACCCGUUAAAAGUUCUUGUUUUUGAUUUGGACCAUUCAGAAGCUCAUUUUUUGAUGUUUCUGUUGGAGUGAACAGACGUCCUUUUGACCUGUUUGACCUGGCAGGUAUCGGGACUACAGGGAGCCCCCGGACUCGGCCGAGCCGUACUCCUACACUCUACAGUUCUGGCACGUCCUGGCGGCACGACUGGCGUUCAUCAUCGUGUUUGAGGUCUGUGAUUUUAAUCUUUGACAAAUUAAAACGUGGAGCUCAAAGUUAGGGGAGUAUUUGUUGAAGUGCUUUUUUUUUUUUUCAGCAUAUGGUGUUUGCCAUCAAAACCCUGAUCGCGUACUUGAUCCCCGACCUGCCCAAGGACCUGCGGGACCGAAUGCGCAGAGAGAAAUACCUGAUCCAGGAGAUGAUGUACGAGGCCGAGCUGGAGAGGCUGCAGAAGGAGAAAAAUGAGAGGAAGAGGAAAGAGAGGGUCCAUCACAAGGAGUGGCCCUGA